GUGUGUGUGUGUGUGAAAUGUGCUAGUAAGUAGGAGAGGUCUCUCCUUUACAAUGUGCUGCAGCAGGAGAAAUCAAGCUGCCUGCCCCUGCCUCCCCAAAUCCUCCUUGGCUGACUGAGUACCGCUUCGGGGGAUUGCUGUGCACAUGAAUGUGUGCUAUUGUUCCAGGCACACGUCGGUCGGCCUUAAGAAAUAGCACAAAACAGGCCUGUCCUUAUUCAGAAGCAGAGCCCCCUCCAUCACUCAAACUGGGCCUUCCAGGUCACAUGCCAGAGGCCUCUGCAGACAGGACACAGCUGCCUCAAAUCUGCUGCCUGACAUUAGCCGCGGAUCGAAAAACCUGACAGCGCGGAGCUUCCCAGGCACUGCGGAGGAAACUAGAAAGAUCUGGGAUCCAGGCACUAUGUUCUCCGAGGAACUGUGGCUGGAAAAUGAGAAAAAGUGUGCUGUGGUUCGGAAGUCUAAGCAGGGCAGGAAGCGCCAAGAGCUACUGGCCGUUGCUUUGGGGGUGAAGGUAGGAGUCAAAGGCAGCUUUCUCUGGCCCCCUCUCAAGCUCUUUGCCUGUUCACAGAUCUCCUCCCUGGUUCGAAGGGCAGCCCUCACACACAACGACAACCACUUCAACUAUGAGAAGACACACAACUUUAAGGUCCACACAUUCCGAGGCCCACACUGGUGUGAAUACUGUGCCAAUUUCAUGUGGGGGCUCAUCGCCCAAGGGGUCCGGUGCUCAGACUGUGGAUUGAAUGUACAUAAACAGUGUUCCAAGCAUGUUCCCAAUGACUGCCAGCCUGAUCUCAAGCGGAUCAAGAAGGUGUACUGCUGUGACCUCACAACACUCGUGAAGGCUCACAACACUCAGAGACCCAUGGUGGUAGACAUAUGCAUUCGGGAAAUUGAAGCAAGAGGAUUAAAGUCAGAAGGCCUUUACAGAGUCUCCGGGUUCACUGAACACAUUGAAGAUGUCAAAAUGGCAUUUGACAGAGAUGGUGAGAAGGCAGAUAUAUCUGCCAACAUCUAUCCAGACAUAAACAUCAUCACUGGAGCCCUUAAACUGUAUUUCAGAGACUUGCCCAUCCCUGUCAUCACAUACGAUACCUAUUCCAAAUUUAUAGAAGCAGCAAAAAUCUCCAAUGCAGAUGAGAGGCUGGAAGCAGUCCAUGAAGUGCUGAUGCUGCUGCCUCCUGCCCACUAUGAGACCCUCCGGUACCUAAUGAUCCACCUCAAAAAGGUUACUAUGAAUGAAAAGGACAAUUUCAUGAAUGCGGAAAACCUGGGGAUCGUGUUUGGGCCUACCCUGAUGAGGCCCCCAGAGGACAGCACCCUCACCACCCUUCAUGACAUGCGGUACCAAAAGCUGAUCGUGCAGAUUUUAAUAGAAAACGAAGAUGUUUUGUUUUAAUCCAUCAGACAAAUGAGCUGAAUGGCCUCAGCCUCAUCUAAGUUGAUAAAGCUAGAGAAAUAAAAACAUGUCUUACACUUGAUUUGUUUUUCAAACAAAUGACAGAAUUUCCUGGACCGCAGUGGAUUGCCGAGUCGGGUACUGUGUCUUAUAGACACACACCUCGUCUGCAUGAGAACAAGGGGGAGGGGGAGAAAAGCCCCUCACCUUGGGUCUUUUGCUGUGCCUCGUAUGUAUGUCUGUUUUGCUGGAAGAGUGAUUAAUAAAUCUUUCUUUAACUUAUUAAAAAAAUGUAGACCUUUAAACUUCAGUCUUAUCAGUAAUAAAAGGGAACUUAAUUCACAAAGGUACUUGAUAUAGUUAUACAUUUUCCACUUACAAAAAAAAGACAAUUCUAUCUGUUAAAUGUUAAAUGAAACUUAUAUUGUAAAAUGUAUUUUUAUUUUAGCUGCAAGAAUGUUAUUUUAGCAAAUAGAACUCAAUGCAGUGCAUUGAUUAUUACCCUGUGUACCUUGUCCUGCGUUCUUGCUGUGAUGCCCUGGAAAAGUUGACCACGUAUGCAGUAUUAUCUUAACAUACCUCUAUCCGAAUCAGUGCUUUUCCAUGAAAUUUCACCUGCCACGUGUUCCUGCUUUUUAUCAUUUUUGCUCUUAAGCACUGGCAUUCUACUAUUGGGUGGCAUAUGUUUAUAGCAACCGUAUAGUGAUCUGAAACGUUCACAAAUUUUAUGUCUAUAAACAUUUUGUAAAUUCUUGGUCUGCUUUAGAAUUGGUCAUAGUCUUUUCAUAUCAUGAGUGUAUAUCCCAGAACAUGCAGAGAACAUGUGGUCAUUUAUAUCAAAUGAUUUGAGGACACUGGCUGUAUCUGGGCUGUGUAAAAAGUUAGCACUUUUCCUUUUUUUUUUUUUUUCUUUUCAGCCAAGACCUCUGAAUUCUGUUAAUAGCCAGUUGUAUUUUUGCCACAUUUCUGUAUUGAUGAUAAGCAAAUCUGCAGAAUAAUUGUUGAUUUUUUUCAUUUUUGUUUUAUAAACAAAUCUUUUUAAAAAGUGAGAAUCAAUAAGAUUGAUUUUUACCAAAUAGUUGUUCUUCCUUUAUAAAAAGUAGCUCUGGAUGGAUAAUAAUUUGAUUUUAUUACUAUUGUUUCAACCCCAUUGGUUAUAUUUAUGUUAGCAUGAGCCUUUCACACCAAGAUUUCUAUCUUUUGUAAUAUAUUUAAAACAUCAAAAACUGUAAAUCCACAUUUUUUAAAAAAUCCAACUAUAAUGUCUUUUCCUCUGAUUGUCAUGUAACUACUCACUAGUCUUGUUUUGGAGUGAGCAGAAGAGAAUGGCUGUGUGUUAAGUGGAGUUGGAUGGAGGAGCACAGUGCAGUUGUUGUCCUGAACCGUCCCAAGGGCUAUGUGGAUGGACUUCAUUGGCACAUGCAGGUCAAAAAUGACUUGGCCUGGCCCCUGCUGUUAUCCUUCCUCCCACUGUACAGAUUUGGUUGUUGUAGCUUAUGUACUUCUUGAUACUGUCAAAAAAUUACCUGGAAAUGGUUUUAUUUUGUGAAGUGAACAAUACUUUGUAAUUUAUGAUUGUGUAAAUGGAAGGAAAAGCAUCACAUGUAUUAAAUUCUUCUGUCUAUCUUU